AUGAUGCGGGUCCCGCUGCUCUCACCGCUAUGGCUCGCUGCUGUCGCCUUUGCCACGCCGCGGCGCACGGGCCUCGAGCUGGAGGCGCUUCAUCCAGUGGACGCGGCCAAUCAGACACUCCACAUCAACGCACAGCUGCAUCUCGACUUUGCAAGUGUCACGGCGCUUGUCAAAAUCAGCGGCGCCGUCUACAAAGUGCGGGGCGCGUGGCGCCCGGUUGAGAUCUGCACACCUUCUACCACCGUCAAGGCGUCGCUACCUUUCCUGAUCAUGGCAGGCAACCUCCCAAGCGUCAGGUUCCACGUGGCCUGCCUGACCGAGGCUUUGCCUGCCAGCAAGAAGCGUUUCUGCUUCUCUGACAGUGGGACGCGUCGCGUGUCGGACAUUUAG